AUGGCCGACAGCAGCGACCCACUCGAGAUCUUUAUCGACCUGCUGCCACGCCAUCGACAAUACCACGGUCAACUCGCCUCUGACCUCGACCGCAUCCUCGCCUCUAAACAACAAACCUUGUCUUCCAUGCAACCAACAAUCCCCGCUGCACAUCCACCACGAAACAACCACACCAAUUUUACCACCACUGCUCCUGGCUUUGCCAAGCAGGUCAAGAGAUUAGUAAACCAGAGCAUGUCGACCCUCACGCAAUGGACCAAGAUUCUGAACGCGACUACUGCCUCAGACAUCGUCUCACUGCAACCUCCUCCAGACCCACAACCCACCCUUAUCCCCCCUUCGCCGGCCAACACAGAGGCCGCGGUAAAUGCUGGCAAAAGCCUGGCGCAUGCAUUUCAAAGUCUAUCAGCUGCGGGAUCAACAAAGAAGGCCAUCUCUGGUGUUUCUCGCGCUGCGUCCAACAAUAUCGCAGUGGCAUCAACGUCACUGAGGCCGUCUACAGGACGAGCACAGCACUCAGGACCAAAGGCGGGGGGAGGAGCCGGGACGGCUGCGAGCGGAGCUAACGCUAGAGAAGGCGGACCAUCCAAGGGAACCCAACCUGCACCACCGACUAAUGCAUCCGACACGGCAGAUUCGGAUGACUUGCGAGGCUCUGUUUAUCGCACUGACCAGCCCACCUACUCACACGUAGCCAUUUUGGUCGACAUCAGUUUCUUAAGUGUGCGUGCUUUGGAAGUCUUAGAGUGUAGGGUCUCAACCGAUCUGUUUGAGAUCGAAAAAGCCCGAUCCAACCUAAUCACCAAGAUUAUAGCCCUUGGCAUGAAAAAGCGGGCACUAAAGGAGCUAGGAAUCUUGCGGGAGCAAUUGAUCGCAGGUGCCAUGGCUGUGUGGGAUGAGCCGGAUUUGGCGAGCAGGAGCCAACAACUUAUGUCCACAUCCAAGACUCGACUGCACCCAACAUCGACGUUAUUAUCAGCCGAAUCACUACAAAGGACAUACCAGGAUCUAUUCUCGUUUCCAUUCCCCAACAAGGUCGUAAGCGAUCUGGGGGCUUACCCUUCAACACAAUCGCCAACGUUCUCGCCUUCAGGGAACAUCAACCCCACCCAGACGUUUAUCUUGCUAGUUCAAGCACUUCACAACAAUGCCGUGCGUUGCUGGGCUGACGUCAGGAAUGGAUCCUUAGCUCAUUUGCUUUAUCCUAUGCUCACCAGGAAGGAUUCACCUUACAACUGGUGUAUUUGCAUCGCCAAGUCUCAGCCAAAGCUGGCACAACAGUCCCUGGACGCUCUUUUCCGGCUCUUAUUUAUAUCCGCAGCAAAGACAGUCGAAAACAACCCAAACCGAGACGGACAUUGCAGCGCUUUCUUGCUGAGGAUGCUAGGGAUGAGAUACCACGCCGCCUUUAAGCAUUUUUCGGGGACCAACGACGGGAGUAUUUGGGACAAGAUCAUGCGAUGCGGAGUGGAAUAUGAAAAGUCGACCAGGGAGGGACGAACUCAAGCAGAUAUCAUAGUUCUCGUUACAGCGUACAAGGAGAUUUUCGGUUUCGUGCAGGAACUGUCUCCCAUCGAUUACACCAGCAGUCAUUACCAAUCUUGGUAUACUUACGUGGCACAUUUUGCUUCUAAGGUGGAUGACGAGGCGACUCUAGCCUUUGUACGCAGCAUCGAUCCAAGUAUCCAGGACACCCGUAUGAUCGACACCACGCCUCCCCCAUUGUCGAAAUCGCUCACACCACCAACACACCUCUCGUCUCAUCUGACAACCCCUGUUGGGACAAACAAAGCUUAUCCACAUACUUCGCGUUCUACUGCGACCCAAGCAACUAUCUCGCCAACGCCAAUGCCUGGCCUCGUGUCCGUAGAUCAGGUCUGUAAUCAUCUUGAGGUGGCUGUCGAGGCGCUUCGAAAGUUCCAAGACUUUUUACCUGUGUGGCAGAAUGACUCUUUACCAGUCACUGUCAGUUACCAGGUCGUCCUUGUUAUCCUUGCAGUGCGCACUCUCAAGGUCCUCUGGAAUGCAGCCCAUCCCUACUAUCAGGAGUGGUACGAGGGAGAUCGGGGAACUCGCCCUGACCCGCUUAAACUGUCGUGCGCGCGUGUCGACGCAAUAUUAUUCCUUUCUCGUCUUUACUUGUCCAACAUUGAUGUUGCGGUCGGACAACCUCUGCCCAAACCGAUGACGACAUACCUGGAAUCGGCAUUUAGGACAGCAGAAAGGAUGAACGAUCGAGAAUCGCUCCCCUGGAUAUCGAAUGCGCUUUACAACCAUGGCGGCUCUCUUCUCAAGACGAAUCAGCAGAAGGAUGCCGUCCGACCUCUGGAACUGGCCAUCCACUCCUACCGACUUUUCAUCGGCGACGAUCUUUUGAAGUGCGUGGGUCCUACAGAAUCUACGCCUCUCCCUCGUGGAUCGAUGCAGACCUCUGCCAUAACAGACUCGAUCGCAGAGGGCAGACUGGUACUGGCCAACCGAUACGACGUCUUGGGCGUGUGCUUUCAAUCACUUCACCAGGUUGACCUGGCCUUGGAGUGUUUCAACGCAGGCCUGAGCAUCCUACCGCUGGAGGCAUUUCGGCAGAUCGAUCAUAUUGCGCUCGGAGAUAUGAGGACCAGCCAUCUACCAGCCGCCAAGCUUCUCAACCGUCGCGCCCGAACUCUGCUGAUGAUGACCCAGCCUUGCUUUGUUUCCGUCUUAAAGUCUGUACCUGAGCUCCAGGCGAGGCUGACGCAGGACGGACAGGAGCCAUAUUUGGCGGGAGCAGUUCAGGAGUACGAGGUAGGGCUGCUCUCGGUCCUGGGAGUGAAGGCGAACCAAACACGACUUCGCAGCCUAGAACAGAUCGAGAUUUUGAAGCACCUAACCACCAAGGUCUAUCCAGGGGGUGAUCGUCUCUCUCAUCCGGUUCGGCGUGCGAGAGUUUUGGUCCGCCUUGCCAUGCUCUAUCAAGAUCAGGCAGAUCAAGCCUUGCGUGGCGAAGCCCUUCAACUAGUCGAAGAGGCAAUUGAGAUUCUGAAGGAGUGGGAUCUCAAAGGCGAUGGGUGCUUAGAGCCGGUCAGGAAUCACUACCUUGCGAUGGCAUACACCUGGCAAGGCGUUCUUGAGCGCAAGUGGGACGAGAGUGGGUCGCCUCAGAAGUCCAAGCCGUUCCUGAUUGCCCUUCAACUAUGGGAAGUCAUUCUCUCUGGUGUCGAAUGCUUUGCUUCAUGGGAGAAGUCCGAUGCGUUAGCGGGGACUGGUCGGCAGAGCGGGAUCGAGAAGGCUCGGAAACAGAUACCAGACCCAGAGCAGCUUUAUGGACACCUUCAAAUGCUCGCGGACUGCUUUGGGAUGAUUGACUACCGAGUCUUGCAGGUGCAGAUCUAUCGGCUAAUGUUACGCCUGUGUAACGGGAUCCUUCCAACGCCGGAGGAAGCGUGUGCCGACUCAGUGCGGAUUUAUUCGAGGAUGGGUCAAGCAUACCUGGCUCUUGGUUACUCGGGCAAGGCAAAGACAGCCCUUGAUCAUGGCAAGGCUAUUCUGGAGGAGAUGUCGAGGCGCUCAGACGGUCACGUCAUGCAGCGGGAGGCCUAUCCACUUUGGCUACUUGCACACAGCCUGUACUUGACGUCCGUUGGCCAUAAGUCCCAGGGUGUUGCCGCAUACAAUGAAGCACAGCAGUAUUCUCAAAUGUACAUGAACGAGGCCUUUUCCAAAUCCGCCAGCACAUCGCGUCAUGCACCCAGCAAUGGCGUAAUCUCGAGAUCUGUAGAGAUCAAAGUACAAAGGGCCAUGGUGGUGGUAGAGGCAUCCUUGGCGCGAUCCCGCCUACUAUUCCUCAAGGAACAUCUUCCAGAGUCUAUCGCUGAUGCGAUGAGAGCACUUCGGCAGCUGAACAGGAUCAUUUCGACGCUUGCGACCGCAAUCGAGGCGUCUCAACAGGAUUCGACCGUGAUCUGCCAACGCCCCAUGGACAACCCUUUUCUUAUCCGAGAGGAGCCUACGGAUCGUGACACUCCUGCCACCCAGGCAACCACCGAGAGCAGUCAACGGCGACAAGGCAUCGACCUGCUGGCGACCCAACGCAACCAGUGGUCUAUAUUCCGGUUGCUCAGUGAGGUCUAUCACCAACUCUCACAGUUGCAUCUUGUCCAGGGCAGUGUACAGGAGACGGAAUAUUUCGUUAAGGAAGGCCAGCGUAUUGCUCGACUGUCAAGGGCCCCCAGGUCUCUGGGUCGGUUCUUGCUAAAUCAGGCACACUUGGGUUUAUUGAAGCACGAGUGGGAUGAGAGCCAGCUAAUCCUCCAUGAUCUGGUGAUGGACGAUGACAACUUGGAUAGUGCUGCUGGGUCAUUGGAGAUUCAGGACGCUCGGAUCCAACUGUUACAUGGCGAUUUAUACUUAGCCACCGAGAGAUUCGACCGAUCGUUGCGCGCUUACUAUCGGACGGAUGAGAUCCUGACGUACUUGAUGGACAAGUCGGUUAUCAUGAGCCUGGAACAGCUAGUGAUACGCGAACCUCAAACGCCCAGAGAGAAGAGACUGGUGGCCCUAUACCAGCGCCGAGGGACGAGUCGCCGUCCGUCGCAGAAGUCGCUGGGGGCAGAUUCUGCUCGCGGAUCGCCAGGGACUGAGAAGCUGGAGUGUGCUUCUUUGAGUGAGAUCAAAGCCACGAUGGGAUACCGAACAAGUCUCAUCUUCAAUCGCAUGGGGCAACGAACGCAGGCGAGGGAGUUGGUCGAAAAAUCCAGAGAGGAGGAUCCUACGGCGCUUACAUCCCCGGAGUAUCACCUCACCAUGGCCAAGAUGCUGAUGUUGGAGUUGGAGGAUGCGAUGGCCAAGCAUUUGAUGUACGCCAUGAUCCCUGAGUCGGCGCUGGCCAUCGGUCUCUUCCAGAAAACCCGAGCGCAGGAGCUGGCCUCUUCAUCGACAUCGUUGACCGAGGCUGUUGACCCGAGCGAAAGUAAUACAGUCUCUCGGUUGGACUCCCACCCGGCUUCCCCGUCGUCGUCGCCUUCUGUGCGAGUUACUAGGAUGUCACGCCGUCGCCGUUCACAACUUGCAUUCCAGCAACCCUUGUUGCAGAGCCCUUUUGGUCCUCAUCUGGGAAUAACUGAGCUCGUGCAAGGAGGAAAGCUGAAUUUGACCCGACAGUACGUGGACAUCCUGGUCGAAGCUAGAGCCCACCUUAUUGGCGCAUUUCAAAGCUCCUUCUACACCUGCCCAAGCCAUGUCGUCGUGGACAUCUGCUCCAGGCUCACCUACCUCGCUAUACUGGAAUCCUGCCUCCACGUUGAGAUUCUCAAGGGCGAUUUCAUGAGGGGAACCAUGCCGAGUGGGGAGCGAUCGGAUCGGCAAUCGGACGUGUGGAAGAUGGCUGCCCGAGCUGCUUGCUCAUUAGAGAUGGCGAAGGCUGUCACACAGCGGAGAGAGAUGCACGGAUUGAUCAAGCAAAAGCUUCACCCGACGCUGCCGCAAGAAGAUCAGGCCUGGCCAAAGGAUAUUGUGAGCAAGGAUGACCAACACGUCUUGUUGCACGAGCCUGGAGAGUCGCAGUUGCGUCUUGGACAGGAGUUACAGCGCCACGGGCACAAAACUGUCCCCUUUGUCGGGUUGGAAAAACCUCGCCCCUUGCGGCUGUUCCCAGCACCCGAUACUGACAAUGACAUCGGAUGGUCCCGAGGCGGCAACGUGGAGGCGAGGGAGAAUCCAAAGAUGAUUUGUGACAGGCGCCACAACCGCUUAGGAAAACAAGCGCAGUUAAAUCACGAGCUUUUGCUGCAUCCAUCAUCGACAUUGGGCAACGACAGACCUUUCUUGGAAGAGUUGGACAGGGUAUACGACCAGGACGCCAAGAUGAUGUCGGAAACGGCGGACGAUCCUUUGGCUUUCCAACGGGACCUUGUCGACAUCUUACCGCAGAACUGGACUGUGGUCUCCCUCACGAUGGAUGUCGACCGUGGUGUGCUCUACGUCAACCGCCUUCGCGCCAACACGAUGCCGUUGGUUGUCUGCCUUCCCUUGAAUCGAGCCCAACUGCGAGAAGGCGAUGGGGACGCCCGAUUGGAUGUGAGCUUUGUAGGGGAAGUCGAUGGGGGGCAGGACACUGGCAGGGCAGAACCACUGUCGUACGCUGGGGCAUUUGAGGAGUUGCAGGACAUUAUGAAGGAGAGCCAGGAAACGCUUUCGAUUGCGUCCACAGCGGUCUCGGGCCACAUUCCUGCAACAGGGGUCCCCGGAGUGACAUCCACAACCUUCUCGUCUAACCGCCGGCCUAUUGAACUGACUAAGGAGGCCAAGACUGAGUGGUGGAGCCGACGCCAGAACCUGAAUGACCGCUUGCGUUUCUUGCUGAGCACAAUGGAGGACCAGUGGCUAUGUGGACUGAAGGGCUUAAUCCAGUCGCACAACACACCGUCGAGCGAGGAGAACUUGCUGGAUUUCAAGAAGACUUUGGAGUGGAUUAUGUCGCAGGCAAGCAACACUGUCCCAGCUCCCCCUGCUCGCAAUUCGCGAUCUGUUGACCGAGGACAUACCGAUCUGGAAGGAGCCUCCAUAGCCCAGAUAGAGAUCAACGUCGACCUCUGCAGAGCUAUACUGAACCUGGGCGACCAACCUACCGAGUCGGAACUUCGCGACCUGGUUUACUUUUUGCUGGACGCCUAUCUAUUCAAGAAUGUUGCAGCACCUGGGUCCGUGGAUGCUUCCAGCAUUGGCAGUCCCCGGAUAACGUCACCCUUCGUCGAGUACUCCGAGGAGCAAUUCGGUCGCGUCGCAACGCAAAUCCAAGAGGCGCUACAAUGUUACUGGGAAGCUGAGGUUGCGGCUAACAACAAUGGCUACGACGAAGGAGCCCAUGUCAUCUUGGUCCUUGACAAGUACCUGCAAAUGUUCCCUUGGGAGUCGUGCCCCGUCCUGAGAGAUGAAGCAGUAUCGAGAGUACCGUCUAUCUGGUUCUUGCGGGAUCGAAUACUUCAGCAGCGACACCUCCUCUCUCGAUCUCAACUUCAGGAUAGUCCCAUGCCAACGAACAAAACAGCACUAGAGAGCACGACUCUCGUCGAACAUCACGAUUGGAGAGAUCUGGAGGUGGAUGGGCAAAAAACGUUUUAUUUGCUGAACCCCGGCAAAGACUUGAAGAACACGGAAGAGGAGUUCAAGGACUAUGUGAAAGCCCAGCCAGGUUGGAACGGGAUCAUUGGUCGCACGCCCCUGGACAUGGAGUGCAUUCAAGGUCUUAGCAAGAACGACUUGUACAUUUCGGGAUUGCUCAGGGGCAGUGGAGAGUUCGAUCCCACCGGGAACGCGAUGAACUACAUGCUGGCGGGUUGCCCGACGGUUGUGGCGAAUCUGUGGGAUGUUACUGAUCGAGAUCUGGACCGCUUCAGCAAAGCACUCUUCACACUCUGGGGACUUGACGACAGCUCUGGUACAGGAAACAAAGGCACCUUAACAAGCGCAUCUCGAGACCCUGUGUGGCCAUCCACCUCGCCUAUGGAGGGAUCGUACGGCGACAGAGACUAUUCCAGCGUCAUGGAUACAAGGACGCGUCACUCGCUGCAGAGACCGAGACUGUCGAUUGUUGAGGCAGUCAAGGAGGCCAGGGAGGAGUGCCGAUUGAAGUAUUUGGUUGGUGCGGCUACAGUAGUAUAUGCAUUUAGUGUUUUGCAAUCAAAGGCGUCAGGGAGAGAGGCAGAAAAGAAGCCGGUGGACAACUAA